GCCAAGACUUCCCUGCAUUUUCUGCCAAAAUCUGUGUCAGAUUUAAGACACAUGCUUCUGCAAGCUUUCAUGAAGGUUGUGAAAAAAGUUUUAAUUCAUAGUUGGGUUCCAGCCUUCUGUAGCUGCAAACAUUGGUGGCUGCACCACCUCUUUACCAAACAAUCAGAAACUGGAGCAAAGAGUGGGGAGGGUUUUAUUUUUAAUUUAUUGGACAUGAAAUGAUUAUAGAGUGUUUUCUAAUUUAAGUGGAAGACAUGUCCACCUCCUGAUUAUUUCUGGAGCAUGAAACUAUUUUAAUGUUUUUGAUCUCUCCCCAGUUAAGAGUGUGCAAAAUACGUACCUUAUUUUAACUGGUUGAAGACAUUUCAUUGGAUUUUUAUCACAAAUGAGUAUUUGUUUUUCCAUGUAAUGUUUUGGGGGUUUGAAUUUUGAUUCUGGAGAAUGCCUUCUGAAACAAUUUUCUGUAGCUACCUGAUGUGAACUGCUUACUAAUCAGUGGAUAUUCAAAUAGUCAAAAUGUACAGAGAGUGGGCAGUGGUGAAUAUUUUCAUGAUGUCCUGUGUGCAACUGGUACAGGGCUUCAGUAAUGAACAUGGACCAAUGAAGUCAUCCCGGUCAAUGUUAGAACGAUCAGAACAGCAGAUUAGGGCUGCUUCAAGUUUGGAGGAGCUACUGCGAAUCACACACUCUGAGGACUGGAAACUGUGGAGAUGCCGGCUGAAGCUCAAAAGUCAUCCCAGUAUGGACUCUCGCUCAACAUCCCAUCGGUCCACCAGAUUUGCGGCAACUUACUAUGACAUUGAAACACUGAAAGUUAUAGAUGAGGAGUGGCAGAGAACCCAAUGCAGCCCUAAAGAGACGUGUGUGGAAGUGGCCAAUGAGCUGGGGAAGACAACCAACACAUUCUUCAAGCCCCCUUGUGUGAAUGUGUUCCGGUGCGGAGGCUGCUGCAAUGAGGAGAGUCUGAUCUGUAUGAACACCAGCACCUCAUACAUUUCUAAACAGCUCUUUGAGAUAUCGGUGCCUUUGACAUCAGUACCUGAACUAGUGCCUGUUAAAGUUGCCAACCACACCAGUUGUAAGUGCUUGCCAACGGCCCCUCGCCAUCCAUACUCAAUUAUCAGAAGAUCCAUCCAGACCCCAGAAGAAGAUGGCUGUUCCCAUCCUACAAAACUCUGUCCUAUUGAUAUGCUAUGGGAUAACACCAAAUGUAAAUGUGUUUUACAAGAGGAGAACCCACUGGCUGGAACAGAAGAGCACUCGCAUGUCCAGGAACUGGCUCUCUGUGGACCACACAUGAAGUUUGAUGAAGAUCAUUGUGAAUGUAUUUGUAAAUCCCCAUGUCCUGGAGAUCUGCUCCAGCACCCAGAAAACUGCAGUUGCUUGGAAUGCAAAGAAAGUCCGGAGAGCUGUUGCCAGAAGCACAAGGUUUUCCACCCUGACACCUGCAGCUGUGAGGACAGAUGCCCUUUUCACACCAGAACGUGCGCAAGCAGAAAACCAGCGUGUGCAAAGCAUUGCCGCUUUCCAAAGGAGAAAAGGGCAGCACAGGGUCUCCACAGCCAAGAGAACCCUUGACUCAGCUUUCUUCCAAGUUCCCCAUUCUUGUCAUUUUAAACAGCAUGCUGCUUUUCCAUGUUGUUGUCACUGUCCCCCCACCCCCACCAAGUGUUAGAAAGCUAGAUUUUUCUCAUAGUGCCAUAGUGAAUCCAGAUUUCCAUGAACACCAGCUACGUUUUUCUUGGUUCACUGAAAAAUUGCUUGUAGCUACUGAUUCUGCCUCUGUAUACCAAGGCAUGGAGAAGAAGAGGCUUGCUGAGGCAAGGUUUUGAUGGAUGAGGCUGGUUUACUUGUCAGGGAAUGAGGGCAUGAUGUGAUUGAUGACUCGGAGCAGAUGGGGAGAAUUACCUCAUCUCUGAGUCUUCAGUUAAGUGCAAAUUUUAUGCAUUAUUCUCAUUCUUUCUUAUGCAGAAUUUCAUUCACUUUUCAAUUUCUGUUCAGCUUGUACUUUUCAAGUUUGCUAAACCACUGCCCGAUGUUUCAUAUUUAAGUGUAUUUAAUGGAAAUAAACAUCAUUAUAUUCAAGUA